AUGUCAUACAAUAAUCUUCGUAUAGGAAUAAACAGCUACAUUAAAGAGAAGCAAGUGUUAGAACCGGAGGCUACUUGUGAGGACCAUCCUGCGAAGCGAUCGCAAUCUGGGUGUAGAAUCAAGAGAGUAAAUCUCAAGUUAGUCUUGAGGAAAUGUCGAAGCGUAGACGGGCCAGCGAAAAAAAGGAGAAGAAGAAGAGUUAACAGGAUCAAGAGGCGAAGCCUAAAGUUACCACAAGUGCCGGAGAACAUUGUCAACCUUGUGGACAUACUACAGCACGAAAACUUCCUGAAAGUGGUCGAUCAAUACUUCAAGCCCGGCGUGAACAAUCAAUUGCGAAAGAAGUCACAAGGGAAGAAGUCAAACGCGAUUAAAAGCUUCUCACGAAAAAAGCGUCAGCUCCGCAAGAGAAUUUAA